CAUCAACAGAAGUUGAAUUAUUAAUCUUAACUUGAAACUUUAACUUUAAAACUUAAAAAUCAAAAUGAAAUACUUAACAGUUUUAUGUUUGGCAUUAGUUGCCUUGUUCGCCACCGUUCAAUCCAUACCAACUGGAGACUUCCAACUGGGGGAAGAUGAGCUAUUAGGAGAGCCAGUUGAGCAGUUGGUUGAUUUGGAUCAAGGACCUUACGACAAUGCUGGCGUUAGACAGAAGCGCGUUACUUGCGAUCUUUUAAGCGUUUCUACACCGAUUGGCUCUCUCAAUCAUGCAGCUUGUGCCGCUCAUUGUCUCAGUUUACGCCGUGGAUUUAGAGGAGGACGCUGCGAAAACGGUGUUUGCAAUUGCAGAAAAUAAAUAAGGAUUAAAUACAAUACAUAUAAUAUUCAUACAAUAGUUCAUAUA